UUAGUUGAAGCUUCAGAUUUUAUUAAUUUUUGUAAUCAAUUAAAUCCAAGAUAUAAGAUUCCAUUCAAAAAAACUUUAAGAAAUAAGAUAGAUUUUACUUAUCAUUAUAUGUUUGAUCAAAUAAAAGAAUUAAUUAAUAAUAGUAUUAAAUAUGUUUUACUUACUUUAGAUCUUUGGAGUUCAAAAGCACAUAUUCCUUAUUUAGCUGUUACUUGUCAUUGGAUUUCUCAAGAUUUUGAAUCUAAAAAUAUUCUUUUAACAAAUAUAAAAAAAGCAAUCAAAGAUCUUGGAAUUAGAACUCAAAUAUUUUGUGCAGCUUAUACUUUACAAUUAAGCAUUAAUAAAGGAUUAGAAGAAAUAAGUGAAUUAAUAGAAAAAUGUAAAAAUCUUAUUAAAUUUUUAGGUAGUGAUAAAAAAAGACAACAACUCAGAAAAGCACAAUUAUAUCUUCAACAACAAACAUCUCAAGAAAUAUCUAUUUAUUAG